AAACUACUUCCGCAACAUGAAACAACGUGGGAAGUUUGUCAUAUUUAGCUGGUGAUCUCAGUUUAGAAAUGGAUCUAGAAUAGUUCACAUGUAGUACAGUAGUAGUCAGCACAAGAAUCUCAUUUAUCAUCAAGAAGACGUUACUACAUUCAGCUGUUGCACUUUAAUAGAAAUUAGAGGACUUUUGCUGUAAUGCGCAACUUGAAUUUAUUGAAAAGUGUGCAGUGCACCAAGGCAAAGGGAUAUGGUGAUCCACAGUGCUUUACCAUUCGAACGGACACUGGGACUGUGUUAGUUGGUUCAAAUACUGGUCUUUAUGAAUUGGAUCCCUGCACAGAACAGGUGCUGAACAGGAUAUCUUUGAUCGGAGAAGAUUUCCUCCCUGAAGAUGGCAGUGGAUGGAUUGUUGGAAUUCAGGACUUGCCAGAUCAAGAGAGUGUGUGUGCUGCUACAGCUGCUGGUGAUGUACUGCUGUACAACCUAAAUACCAAACAGGUAGAAUGUGUUGGCAGUGUCAACAGUGGUCUGACAAACAUGAGCUGGAGUCCUGAUCAGGACAUUGUUGUCCUCACCACAGGACAAGAAACUAUUAUAAUGAUGACAAGGGAUUUUGAUCCAGUCACUGAAGUGAAGAUCCACCAAGAAGAUUUUGGAGAAGGGAAGUUUAUUACUGUUGGAUGGGGUAAAAAAGAGACACAGUUUCAUGGCUCAGAGGGCAAACAGGCAGCUGUACAGAAACCAAAGGAGAUUCAGCCUGUCCUACCUUGGGAUGAUUGCUUACCUCGUAUCACAUGGCGAGGGGAUGGACAGUUCUUUGCCGUUGGUGCCAUUUGCCCAGAAUCGAGGAUCCGAAAAGUCCGCAUAUGGAACAGGGAGUGUGUUCUGCAGUCUACCAGUGAAGUUAUCAGUGGACUAGAACAGGCAUUAUGCUGGAAACCAUCAGGUAGUCUAAUAGCAUCUUCCCAACGUAAACCAAACAAACAUGACAUUGUAUUCUUGGAGAGAAAUGGACUGUUGCAUGGAGAGUUCUCGCUUCCUUUUGAAAAAGACAAAGUGAAUGUGAAGGAGCUCUUAUGGAAUGCAGACUCUACAGUGCUGGCAGUCUGGCUUGAGGAUCUGCAAGCUGAUGGAAAUUCAGACAAGAUUCAGCUGUGGACAGUGGGAAAUUACCACUGGUACCUCAAACAGAGUCUGCAUUUUGGCAGUAAUGCAGCCAGCAAGAUUGCUUUCCUGACUUGGGACCCUCUGCUCCCUUACAAACUUCAUAUUUUGUGCCAGGGGUGGCAGUACAUUUCCUAUGAGUGGUACUGGUGCACGGAUAGAAGUACGGGAGAAGACAGUUGUGACCUAGCUAGUGUGGCUGUCAUUGAUGGAGAUAAAGUGUUGGUAACAAAUUUCCAGCAAUCUGUUGUGCCUCCUCCAAUGUGUUCCUAUUAUAUCCAGUUGCACGCACCUGUAAACCAGGUUGUCUUCCACUCAGAGCCUGAGCACAGCAGAGAUUUCUGUGUACUUACUGCGGACAACAGACUCGCUGUUUACAGAUUUGGUAGCAAUGAGAGCAUUGAUCCCACCGUGAAAAUUGGUACUGCUGGUGGGAAUGGAUUUCGAUGCAGUGCUGUGACGCCACACCUUGAACAAGUGUACAGUAUUGAACUCGAAAAGAAUAAGAAUGAAUGGAUGGACCCACUAAAUCUUCGACUGUUGACCUGGGUAAAUGACAGCACAUUCAUGGCAGUAGGCUAUGCAGCAAAUGUUUCUCAGUCCAUUAUUUACCAGCUGGGGAUAUCUACAGAAGAAGGGAAAGAGAAUGCAGAAAUUGGAAUUCGAUCCAUAGUUACUGUAGAUGGACUUGUGAUGAGCCUGUGUUAUAAUCCAAAACACAGAAUAGUAGUUUUGCAAAUGACAGAUGGACAACUACUGAAAUAUUUGUGUGAGUCAUAUCCGCCACUUCUUGAACCAUGGACAGACAGCAGUGGAAGUGAAAUAAGUUUUCCUCAGCCUUGUGUACAGACAGCAUUAUGCACCAUUAGUGGUGAGGUUGCAGUCUUGGGUCUGACUGAUCGCUCUCAUCUUUACGUGAAUGAUGCCAAGGUUGCCACCAAUAUUUCAUCCUUUAUCCUUUAUGAAGAAUUUCUAUUGGUUACAUCACAUUCUCAUGUGUGCCACUGUUUGAAUUUGAGAGAUACUUCAAUAAAAGCUUUGCCAGCACUGCUAACUACAAAUUCUAGCUCAAAUGAUGAAACUGUGCGUCGGAUAGAGAGGGGGUCCCGCAUUGUCACUGUUGUCCCUAGUGACUCAAAACUCAUUUUGCAGAUGCCAAGAGGAAAUUUGGAGACUAUUCACCAUCGAGCACUUGUGCUGGCCCAAAUUCGAAAAUGGUUGGACAAGUUGAUGUUUAAAGAAGCCUUUGAGAGUAUGAGAAAGCUGCGAAUUAGUCUGAAUCUUAUCUAUGACCACAAUCCACAAGUAUUUUUGGAAAAUGUGGAAACAUUUGUGAAACAAAUUGACUCUGUCAAUCACAUCAACUUGUUUCUGACUGAGCUAAAAGAAGAGGAUGUCACCAAGACUAUGUAUCCAUCUCCUACUUCAGCUGUGGCCCUGUCAGGCCAGAGAGAGUAUCAGAAGAAAGUAGAUAUUGUAUGUGAUGCAAUGAGAACUGCCAUGGAGAAGAUAAAUCCUCACAAGUACUGCUUGUCAAUACUGACAACGUAUGUAAGAAAGAGUACACCUGAAUUAGAAGUUGCACUUCAGAAAGUCCAUGAACUCAGAGAAAACCCUCCAUCAGAUCCAGAGGCUGUCAGUGCUGAAGAGGCCUUGAAAUACUUAUUAUUCCUGGUUGAUGUCAAUGAACUCUACAACUACUCCUUGGGAACUUAUGAUUUUGAUUUGGUCAUCAUGGUAGCUGAGAAAUCACAGAAGGAUCCUAAAGAAUACCUCCCCUUUUUAAAUGAGUUGAAGAAAAUGGGGAAGAACUACCAGAGAUAUUCUAUUGACAAAUACUUGAAACGUUACAAAAAGGCUCUUGAACAUCUUGGCAAGUGUGGUUCUGAGCACUUCGUAGAACUUUUGAACUUGGUGAAGGAUCAGAAUUUGUACAGUGAAGCUUUGAAAUUGUUUCCAAGAAACAGUCAAGAAUGUAAGGAACUCAGCAUUGCAUAUGGGGAUUACUUGAUGAUGAAACAGCAAUUUGAACAGGCGGGCUUGAUAUUUGCACGGUGUGGUGAAUAUGACAAAGCCCUUUCUUCUUUUAUAUCAUGUAGCAACUGGCAGCAGGCCUUCUGUAUGGCAUCUCAGCUUCACUAUCCUCAGGAGAAGUUGGCUCAUCUUGCAAGGACUCUGACAGGAAAACUGACAGAACAAAGAAAGCAUAAUGAAGCUGCUGUACUACUGGAACAGUAUGCACAGGACUAUGAAGAGGCCAUCAUUUCAUUACUGGAAGGUGCUGCUUGGGAGGAAGCUAUGAGGCUGAUUUACAAAUAUAACAGACAAGACAUUCUGGAGACUAACUUGAAGCCUUCACUCUUGAAUGCCCAAAGUAACCAUAUGGCCUUUCUGGAAUCACAGAAAACUAGUUUUACACGCCAUAAAAUGCGACUGAUGUUGGUAAGAGAAUUGAAGGAGAAACAGAAACAGGAACAGCUCGAUGAAGACGUGGUCGAUAGCCCUGACUGUGAACUAUUCUCAGAUACCAGCAGUGUAAUGACAACCAGUGCAAUGAGUGCAAAGUAUUCCCAAAGUAACUCCAGGAUUUCUGCGCGGUCCUCGAAAAACAGACGAAAAGCAGAACGCAAAAAACAUAGCUUAAAGGAAGGAAGUCCACUUGAAGACCUUGCAUUACUCGAAGCACUGCGAGAAAUCAUUCAUACUGUAGAUGGACUAACAGGUGAAGUUCACAGUCUGUUAAAGAUGUUAGUCCUAUAUAACUAUGAUGCCAAGGCUCUGGAACUACAGCAGACCUUAGAUGAAUCCCUACAGUUAAUAGAGAAGUCACUUCCAGAAAUCUGGUGUGAAAAACUCCAGCAAGAUUCAGCACCUUCUACCUUUGGUCCUGACUCUACAGCCAACAGUAUUAUGGCUUCAUAUCAACAAACCAAGGCCAGUGCCUAUUCAGCAACAGAUGCAGAACUUUUUCGGCUUCCAAAGCUUGGCAAAAAUACCAAAUGGAAAUUAAGCAUUCUUGGACAGUGACGUGUUUCCCUAACUUUUUUAUGCUGAUUUGUUCCACAUAAUUGCAGAAAUUUCAAAAGCAGUUACUUGUACCAUUCAAAUUUCCAUACCUUCAUAACAGCAGAUUGAUUUCCAUACACUAUUACAGACUACAGCAAUUAUAACUUGCUUUCAGCAGGUUAAAGAAAAAAAAUUAAGAAAUUAAGAGUGAUUCUACAGUUGUUUCACAUUGGAUGGAUAUUUAUUAUAGCUUGUAUAAAGUAUGUCUUAAGUUUAUUCUUCUAUAAUGUUUGUUUUUAAGUACAUCUUUCUUUUGACUGUUUGGAACAGCACUUAACUUUCUUUAUGAUGUCUGUUGUACACUUCAGUCUCUGUGUCCUUUUUUCAGACUUCUCUUUCUGACAUUCAACAUUUUCUUUUGACUUAUGCCCAUCGAUUACCUAAUUAUUUUUUUCACCGUUGUAGUAUACAUGUGUGGUUCUUUCAGGGAUUUUUUUUCUAAUAAACUGAGAUUUCUGAA